GGCCAUCACUACCAUUUCGAAUGUUGUCAGAACGGCCAUUUUGACGGACGGACAAAACUCAUACACAUCCCAAAAAUAAAUAAAUUCGAAAUUAUUGUACAAAAUUAUAAGUAAACGUUCCGCGGCGUCGGUAUAUAUACGUGGCCCAACAGGAGGGUGCCAUCGUUCGGGGGCGCUCGCACAAAGUGUCUGUGAAUCGCUACAUACAGAAUUUUUCCAUUUGCAAGUAACACCGAUACAUUGUGAGAAUCGCACAAAUGCAGUGAGGAGUAGGAGUAGAAGUCAAGACAGCAACAAGGAGAACGCUGGCAAAAUGCUCGAAUCGCCCAAAUUUAUUGAGAAUGAUUUAUAUAAUGGGAGCCAUGCCUUUACCUGGCUGGCCGACAUGGUGGGGCUCUCUGUUGAUUUGGUAAACUUUUUACUAUGCCAAAUAUCAGCCCUCUUCCUGGCCUCCCUCUUCCGCUCGCUGCUGCAUCCCUCCAAGGUGUCCAGCAAGCUGCGCCACACAUUUGGGCUGUCGAUUGGCCUGGCCUUUGGUUACUUUUGCUUUGGUCAGCAGGCCAUACACAUUGCCGGUCUUCCGGCAAUAUGCUACAUAGUCAUACGCACCCAAGAUCCGCGCAUUGUGCAGAGAGCGGUCUUGCUGGUGGCCAUGAGCUAUUUGCUGUGCGUGCAUCUGAUGCGACAGCUCUACGACUAUGGAUCCUAUGCUCUGGACAUUACCGGGCCACUGAUGAUCAUCACACAGAAGGUUACGAGCCUGGCCUUUAGCAUACAUGACGGUUUUGUGCGGGAGGAGGAGGAUCUGACAAAGGCUCAGCAAUAUCACGCCAUUCGCAAAAUGCCAUCGGCAUUGGAGUACUUCUCGUAUGUGUGGCAUUUCCAAAGUAUCCUGGCCGGCCCACUGGUCUUUUACAAGGACUACAUUGAGUUUGUAGAGGGCUACAAUCUGCUGAAGCGUCCGUCCACCAAUGGCUCUCUGGACAAUGGCAAAACGGAACUGGUGCUGGAGCCAUCGCCAACGAAAACGGUGAUACGCAAGGUGAUUGGCAGUCUCGUGUGCGCCUUCAUAUUCAUGAAGUUCGUGAAGCUCUAUCCAGUGAAGAACAUGAAGGAGGAUGACUUUUUGGAGAACACCAGCAUGGCCUAUAAAUACUGGUAUGCCAUGAUGGCAACCACCUGCAUACGCUUCAAGUAUUAUCACGCAUGGCUGCUGGCGGAUGCGAUAUGCAAUAACGCUGGUCUAGGCUUCGCCGGCUACGACAAGGACGGCAAUGCCAAAUGGGAUCUAAUAUCCAACAUCAAUGUCUUGUCAUUUGAGUUUUCGUCGAAUAUGCGCGAUGCCAUCAACAACUGGAACUGCGGCACAAAUCGCUGGCUCCGCACCCUCGUGUAUGAGCGUGUGCCGAAGCGAUAUGGCACACUGCUCACCUUUGCAUUGAGUGCCGUAUGGCAUGGCUUCUAUCCGGGCUACUAUCUGACCUUUGCCACCGGAGCCGUGACGGUCACCGCCGCCCGUAUGGGACGCAGACUCUUCCGUCAUCGCUUCCAGAGCACACAGCUCACCCGAAUGUUCUACGACAUUCUCACCUGUCUAAUCACACGCAUUGUGAUGGGCUAUGCCACAUUCCCAUUCGUUCUGCUUGAAUUUAUGGGCAGCAUCAAAUUGUACCUGAGAUUUUAUUUGUGCCUUCACAUCAUUUCAAUAGUGACCAUAUUUAUUUUACCCCAAUAUAUACGCGGCGAAAGAAGCGCCCGCUCGUCCAAGAGUGGCGAGAGAGUAGCGGCCAGCGACAGCGCCAGAGUCAGGGACUCAUCACCGACCCAGGUGCCCCAGGUUGCCACAGCAGCACUGGCCGGCAGCAAUGAUCUCAACGAGGAUGAGGAUAAGCAGUCUAAAUGUAAAGACAACACACCACAGCAGCUUUUCACAGAGCAACAGCAACAGCAGAAAGAGCAACAGAACAAUGUAAUACUCCAACCACGCCCACAGCCCUCACAUCUUCCACAGCAGCAACAGAAGCAGCAGCAGCAGCAGCCGCAACCGAAGAGUCCAAAGCCGUCGACCAACGCCCGCGACGCUACUAGCGUGCCACAUGACCAGUGUGAGAUGGAUCAGCUUUCCAGCAAAUUAAAGGAGAAGUUCGAGGCGGAGACCAAAAACAUUGAGGAAUUUAUUGAUAAGACUGUAACCGAUACCGUCAGCGGCAUUGUAGAGUUCAAGAACGAUCUGAUGCGCGAUAUGGAGUUUCGCAAAUUGAAAUUGCCGGGUGGCAACACCAUCACAACGCCACUGGAUGCGGCUGCGACUUCAGUGGGACUCCGCAAGCGCAACAUAUCCUCUGUGCAUGAGAAUGGACAGUGCACCGAUGCACCUGGUGGCGGUACCGCCGAUCAUGCCGUGGAGGAGAACAGCGCCGCUUUCCUCAAGAAGGAGAUUGAAGUGAUCAAUGCGGUGGUGCAGCAGGCCAACGUUCUCCCAGCGGUGCUCAGUAAUGGUCAUGCCAAAUAGUAUCAGCGACCGCGAGCAAUUGUGGAGAAACAGAACACGAACGCCAAUAACAAUGAUGACUAGGACUAACGAGAUGAGUGCCACGGCUUGGGAUGGAGUAGGACCUGAUUGAUUUAUCAAAUACGCACACAAAACACACACACACACUCAAAUGUAAAUGGAGAUGCAAACAUAGAUGCAAACAAACUACGAACAUACGUUUUUUUGUGUGGUUUUAGUUUAAAUCUUUGAUUGAAUUGAAUGCAAAUUGUUUGAUUAAAAAUUAAUUUUUUAAUAAAUAAGUAAACGCUAUGUAUACAUACAUGUAUGUGAAUUCAAUUUGGCAAGAAAACCAAAUCUACUUACUAUGUUGAGAAUAUUGAUGUAUCUAAAUGUGUACCAAAAGUCUAAUUGUUGUUAAAACUCUCUGCGUAUAUAUCUGAUUGUUAAAAGCAUCGCCUACAGUGCGUUUCAAAAUGAGAUCAUACAGUUGUGCACAUAUCCCGCAUCUCCUUUGUAAUCAGAUCUCUUUGAGAGCCGCAGCUUCAUAAGAUAUUCGAUCACUGACUGAAUUCGACUAGAAGCCUUUAUCUAUAUACAUUUUCAGACUCUCAAACUGGCUGAUGCAGCUUUGGGACGCACUGUGCGAUUCGGUCGUUUAAUUAAGAACUCUUCCAUAUACAUAUUUCUAUCAGAUAUACUAAAGCAUUUGUUUGCGUGUUUUCCAUAUAGUCUAUGUACCAGCAGCCACUAAAACAAUUUCUAAAAACAUUAUUAUUGUAGUGAAAAUCCCGCCCGAAGGACCUAACAAAUCGAAACGUGUAACAAGUAGAACCAAUGAAAUCCUCUAAAAAGCUAACGUACACACAAGAAAAAGUCAACCAAAAGUUAACUUUAGACUGAAGCUACAUAUAUUGACAAAAGUACUAAGCCAAGGCGACAAAAAACCAGAACAAACACAAAUUGUGCGUAGUUAAUGUUAGUAAUUAAGGCAGAUUGUCAUUUUUUUUACACUCAAUUUGAUUCAUUUUUUACAAGUAUGCGAUUUUGUGUAUGUGUGAAAGGGAUACACUUCCACUAUACAUAUAUCUAUCUAUAUACAAAUGUACUCGUAUAACUCUCCUUACCUGGCCUUGGCCUUGGCCCAUGCCACCUGGUCGUCUUUAGAGUUCUGCUCAUGUCCUCCACUUGUCUAUGACUUCCUACUCUGUAGCUUUUAAGGACACACAACACACACCUUAUAUAACCUAUUAUCUUGUUUUAUCCAUUACAUAUAUUUUUGUUAAUACAAUAAACGAUUUCGCCCCACAAAUCCUCACACACAUUUAUACGAGUAAAUAUAUACCUAUAUAUUUUUAUAUUUAUUGUAAUACCUACAAAUGAAAAGAAAGCGAAACGGCAACAGAAAAAACACUUACAAUAGGAGAAACUCUUACAGUGCACAAUUCCUUUGUUUGGCACAGAAUUGUUAAUGCCAAGCGAAGGCCCUGAAAUGCACAGAAGGCCACCAAUCAGAGCCCAAACACUAUAUAGGAGUAUAAUAACAAUUGCAGUCCAAAAGCAAAUAUACAAUGCUAAUUUGAGUAAAAUUGCAUAAAUAUUCGAUAAAUAAAUUAUAUAUGUGUAA